AUGGAUGAAGACGCUGCCGCCCCGACGAAGAAGGGCCGACGCCGCAACAGGAAGCGUAAGGGCAAGACUGUGCUUUCCGUUGAGGGAUCUAGCGAUCCCGGCGCCGCCAAGAAGGCCAGGGCUGACGACCCCGGCAAGGAGGUUACCAGGUGGGACAAGGAGAAGGGUCAGGAUGGUGUUGAGUGGUCCGGCAAGAAGCGUGGCGGCCAAGGAGGUCGCUGCGGCAAAGACAAUCAACAAGAGAGGCCCGCUCAGGGCCGCGAUAAGAAGGAGGAAGACGAUGAUCACGACGAGGAUGAUGAGUCCGGCGAGCACGAGUUCCAGAAAGCUACAGAGGCUAUUUCUAUAAGGGCCCGAUCCACAAUUUCCGAAGACCCCACCCCGAACAGCACAAAAACAGAACAGAAAGUUACAGGCCGUGAGCCUCACUCGGUCACUCCCCACGAACCCCGCCGCCUCCGUGGCAGCCGCCAAACCCUGCACGGUAGCCUCCUCCCUCCCCUGCCCUCCGGUCAACUUCCUCUUCGCGUGACGACCUCCUCCCAGCACCGCGCUCCGGCCGCCAUCCUCCCCGUGCUCCGGCCUCCUUCCUCCCCCGCCUCCGGUAGCCUUCCUCCCCGCGCUCCGGCCGCCUUCCUGGCCGCGCCCCGGCCUCCUCCCUCCCCCGCCUCCGGUCUCCUUCCUCCCCACGCUCCGGCCGCCUUCCUCCCUAAGAUUCGUCCACCUUCCACCCCCGAGAUCCCAGCGCCGGUGCCCAACCCGUUCGUCCGUGAGCUAGGAGACUGGGACGCCCUCCUCGCCGCGGCGUCAUUGCUGGCCGUCAGCGGCGGAAGCGGGGUGGUGGCCGGGACCUUGUCAUGCUCGUCUCCGACUACUGUCAAGAAACAUGCAAGGCGGCACACGCAGCGAGGGUUUGAUGAGCCAAGAAGAUAUGGGGCACCGCCUGGUUGGGUAACACCAGAAAUAGCACCUAGAUACUUAAACAAUACAAGAAGAUUUCAAGCUACACCAGAAUCAUUAGAAGCACGGACAGGUUCUUCUCAGCAAACACCGAUAUCUGGGAAUACAAGCUUUGCCACUGCUGGGUUGCAACAAGGCCAACAAUUUCCCCAACAACAAAUGUUUUCCUUCCCUAGCGCAUGCAGAAAGGCAAGGACACACAUGCUUCCCACCAGUCGCUCCGUCAACAUCAAUCAUCUGUGCUGCAAAAGCGGUUGCGACGGGAAGACCAGGCCAAAGAGACAGAAAUUUUGGCCACUCUAGCAGGGUGCAAACUAGAAGAUAUGAGCCAUAUAGACAGGAGAAACCUCACAGCAAAUCUGAGGGAAGACGGUCGUACAAUGAGAGACGGAGAGCUUCAUCAACAUUGCUCCCUCCAAGAGAUGCAUUGCUGCAUGUGCCAAGGGUGACACUACCCGCACCCAUACACCAGGGUGAACAGCAAACACCGGAGGCAGCACAGAGCUAUACAAAUCCACCUAACAUUGAAGCUUACGUUCUGCCAAGGCUAGAGAUGCGCUUUGAAACUUUCAAAGAAGCAAAGGACUUCUACAACGUCUAUGCAAAGCACGCGGGUUUUGCUGUUAGGGAAGGCUCCAAGGUUGAGACCAGAGUCUACUUUAUUGCACGUUGAUACGUCUCUGUCGUAUCUAUAAUUUUUUAUUGUUUCAUGCCAAUAUUGUACAACUUUCAUAUACUUUUGGCAACUUUUUACACUAUUUUGGGACUAACAUAUUGGCCCAGUGCCAGUU